AUGGAUGUAGAAGAGAAAUUUUUUGCGGUAAUACUUGAACAGAGUUGUGUGCUCUUUGAUCAAAUUUUAGAAAGGGUAGGUUCUAUAAUUGGUGACAAGUCAGCUGAUAAAUCUUCAGAAGAUGUUAUAGAGUCAUUACAGUCUCUGAAUGAUCUCCUUGACGUUGUUAAAAUUCCUGACGAAGCUGCUGAUCCAGUUUGUGAUAAAAUGGCUGACAUAUGUCAUCAUAUUAUGGAUAUUAGCUCUGUGAGUUGCGGUAUGGAUAUCGCUUUGGUUAUAAACACUUGGAAAGCUUUACACAAGAUCAUAAAUAAAUACAAGAAUUUAUUGGAAGAUCGAUUAGAACAUGAUAAGAUUAUAUUUCAGCUAGCAAGUAUUGUGUCCGAAAAAAUACAGCAAUGCUUGAAUAUAUCCAAAAAAAGAACCGUACAAACACAGGGGGAUCCUAAAGAAGGAUUUCAUAUUUUGAAAAUAGCAAAAUUCUUUAUUAACUUGUUGUUAAAGUUUCUGAAAGAAUUUGGUGACCUAGUAGAUACUGAAAGCUCUACGGAAAUUUUGUUUCAUUUAUGUUUGGAGGCUAUCAAUGCUUAUCGAUCUAAUGUCUUGGAACUGGAUAUCCAGAUCAACCAGGAAGUAGACACUAUAUUAUCAUCAUUGAUCGAACAUCUUUGCACUAUUCUCGUUACUACUAACAUCUAUCCAAAACUUUUAUCUGAUCGAGUUGCUGAUGCGGAAGGUUUAUUGAUCUCAAAAUGUAUAAUGUUAAUCAAAACAUUAUUAUUAGUCGACACCUCAACCGGCAAUACGUUACUGCUACAAACUGUAAAUGUAAAUAGUACCUCUCCUGAAAUUCAAAGAUGUAAAAGGGAAUGUACACUGUAUGAAUAUGUACUUGAUGGAUGCCUACAAUUUGUUACUGGGAUGACAAAUCACUUUCUGGACACGAUAGAAAAAUGUUUAUUUCAGCAAUUACUUGAAAAUGCUGAUAAUUUUGCAUUUACGAUAGUUUCUGACAUUUUGGUUCAUAUGUCGAGCUCGUCAAAUGUGGUGGCAUUGAAGUAUUCUCAUUUAAUAGCUAAUUUGAUCCGAGAACUACCAACAUCAUCGCUUUCACCUUACAACAAAAUUUGUUGGCUAUUACAACGGUGUUAUUCAUGUCUGACAGAAGGCGAUCAGAAACAAAUGGUUGAAAUCUUUGAUCCGGAGGAUAUCUCAAAUCUAUCGGUUUGGAGAGAAUUAACUAAAAGUAACAUCUCCAAUCCGUUAUUGUUAGAGAUUCAUCAGCGCAUAUACCCUUUGUGUUUGAAAUGUUGUAAACUAUGGAUAAGUGACAAAUCGCGAGAUAAUGGGUGCAUUCUGGAUUGUAUGAUGUACUUGAAUAAUAUGAAUCGCCAUUUGUAUAUUAUGAAUUCUAUGGACCAAAAUGAAAUUACUGAAUUAGUGUAUGAUAUAUGGCAAUCUUUGAUGAAGCAAGCAUAUAAGGUGAACUAUCGAGUCCUUACGAUGCUAAUAUAUUUGACUGGAUCUUGCGUAUCUUCAUUAUCGCAUUCACAUUUGUUAGAGAUUUUGACAGUGAUAAUCAAAGUUAUAGAGAGCAAUAAUUACUUGGGGUUGAAUCUAUGCGUAGCAGAUUUUAUAGGUUGUUGCGGGAAGAAAUCUUUAUAUGGAAAUUAUCAGGAGAAGAUUUCCCGAAUUCUUAGCGCGAUCUACUGCAACUUGAUGCUUUCGAAGGACUGGCUUGUUCAUGAUCGCGCUUUAUAUGCUUUUAAGAAUUUCGCUGAGAUCACCCCUCAUACAGAUAUGGUUCAAAAUUGCGUCCCGAAUACCUUGAAAGAUGCAGUUGUUGAUUUUCUGAAUUCGACGCCGUAUAAACGCGAAAAGUUCAAAAUGAUGGAGGAUGAUGUUGUUAAGUUAUUUGCUCUUACAAAGAAAAGUACAGAAAGAUAUGACAAACGAAAGCUAACCUUCGACUUUGCCGGUGACACGAAUAAACGUCGUAAAGGCGAUACGAUUGGCGAUGACUACUUAGCAACGCUAAGAAAGGAAAACAACCUUUCAAGCGUCGAUGAACAGGUGAUUGAAGCUAGCAGCAAAAUACUCCAAAACAUAUUCGGCAGCAUAGAAAAGUUGAUGAUGUUCUACCAAGAAGAAAAUGUAGACAUAGAAUUGCAAAAAUUGCAGCUUCAGAGUUUAUACGGUUAUAUUUCUACCCUAGUUAAAGGGUAG